GGUUUGCAGAGCCCUGUAAUAAAUGGAGCUAGAGGAUCAAUGGUGGAAAGGACAACUUGCUGCAGAUAUUUACCAGGCGCUGCGGUAUAAAGAGCUCAAGCUGCCCUCCUACUCCGGUCAUUCCCCUCAGCUCGGUUUGAGACGAUACUUCGCCGACCUCAUCGCCAUCAUCAGCAACCGCUUCAAGCUGUGUCCCGCAGCGCGACACCUGGCCGUGUACCUGCUGGACCUGUUCAUGGACCGCUACGACGUCACGGUGCAGCAGCUGCACACCGUCGCCCUGUCCUGUCUGCUGCUGGCCAGUAAGUUUGAGGAUCGGGAGGACCGGAUCCCGAAGCUGGAGACUCUCAACGGGCUGGGCUGCAUGAGCUCCAUGAACCUGGUGCUGACCAAGCAGGGUUUGCUGCACAUGGAGCUGCUGCUGCUGGAAACCUUCCAGUGGAACCUGUACCUCCCCACGGCCGCUCACUUCAUAGAGUAUUACCUGUCUGCUGCCGUCCAUGAGGGAGAUCUGCACGACGGCUGGCCCCUCACCCGCCUGGACAAGACCAAGCUGUACAUGGCCAAGUACGCAGACUACUUCCUGGAGGUUUCACUGCAAGAUCAUGUGUUCUUGUGUUAUGCUCCGUCUCUGGUGGCGGCUGCAUGCGUGGCUGCUUCUCGUCUCGUCCUCCAGCUUACUCCCACCUGGCCGCCGCGGCUGCAGCGUCUCUCCGGAUACGUGUGGGACGGCCUGGUGGCCUGCACCGACAAACUGCUCCUAGCACACGACAGUGAUGUCAAAGAGGAUAAGAAGCAGAAGUGCCAGCAGCAGCAGCAGCUGCAGCGUCAGCUGGGGCCGGCUCUGUUCCACAGCACCGGCCCGCCAGCCCCCGUGGCCCCCAGGGCCCCCGGGUCCACCUUGGCCACCGUUGCCCAGUACCUGCAGCUGCCCAGCGUGCAGGUCCAGUUCCCCCCGCCAGGCCCCCGCGCCCGCCGGCCCGGCUCCUUCCUCAGCCGGCAGGGCAGCACCCUGCCGGCCCCCAACGGCAGCACCCAGGCCGGCCCCCCCACGCUGGACCCCAAGGGGCCCGGCAGGGCCUACCAGGUCAGCGUGCACUACCCCUGCACCGCCCCCUGCACCGCCCCCUGCACCGCCCCGUGCUUCGAGAGGUGA